UUGUUGUCAAGCCACAUGUGCUCGCUGUUUUAAAGGCAGCCAACACUCCCCCUUCACGACAACUGAGCCGAGAUACAGACGCGAGCACAUCUUCUGUGAGGAAAGAGCUGUCUGCUGCUUCAACAUGGCUAAGGAGGGUGACCACAGGGACACAGAGAGGCCACACAGGUGUUCCAUGUCCUGCCUCGGUCCUCUGACCUUCCACAGUCAGGCUGUGGGAGUCAAGGUCCGCCUGAGCCGGGGCUGUCUACUCGCAGAGAGAUCGGGGGGCACGUUCAAGCACGGCCUGGUGUUCAGCAGCCGCCCGCUGAAGAUCAAUGAGAGGAUUCGUCUGAGAAUGGAGAAAGACGCGGAUCACUGGCAUGGAGCUGUGCGCGUGGGCUUCACCAGCACGCCGCCUUCAGCCAGGUCUCUGCCUCUGCCCACCAUGGCCAUCCCCGACCUCACCGACACACCUGGGCACUGGGCCGCUCCUGUGCAUGAAUCCUACUGCCAAGCAGGUUCAGAGCUGGAGUUCUGGGUUUCUUAUGGAGGCGCCAUAUACAUCACAAGCAGCAACACCAAGCAGCAAAAACUGCUUGAAGGAGUGGAUCUGAGCCGGCCGCUGUGGGCCAUGAUAGACAUCUACGGAAAGACACGCUCCAUUUACCUACUGGGCUCAGAGAAAAGAGGGCUUCUUUGCACCAGACGGUCCUGUCCUGCACCUGAAUGCCUCACCUCACCUGACGUUAAGAACCACUACAGUUUGAUUCCUCAUGGAGACAGUGAUGAAUGCAUGUCGUCUUUUGACACUGAAGACCCAGCAGAUGACAACAUUGUAUUGGACUGUGUUGUGUGCAUGAACAGGAACGCCACGACCUUCCUGCCUUGCGGCCACCGCUGUCUGUGUCGCCGCUGCACCCCCAGAGUGGUCCAGCAGUUUGGCUGCUGCCCGCUGUGUCGGCAGGACAUUGGCGCUCCUUUAACGGAGGUGUGCUAAGCUGCAGAGUGACUGUGACAAAGAAAACACGAUGACUGGCACCUGCUUCAUGUGCUCUGGUGGUGGUUGGGGAGGUUUGCCAUCUGUGACCCUGAUUGACCAACCAGGAAACUUUGUGACAUGUUAUUCAACUGUCUCCUCCUUAAAAUGUAAAUGUUGUACAGCACAUGUAAGAUAAGAAACACUGAGAUGCUGAUGCGAAGAUACUGAGCUGGAGUAUUUCCUGAUAACGUAAAAGAAUGUGUGAAACUUUAGUAGGAGACAGCAGUUUUAUUGUGACUGUUGAAUAAGGAUAAACGAAUUUUUUUUCUUUUGGUGAAGACAAUUGAUGGCACAUAAUUUAAAAUGUAAUUUAAAUGUUCCUCCUGUACAGUUUAUAUUUGCCUCCUUGGUGAAAAUCUUACAUCAAUCUAUGCUUUUGUUAAGUUAGUUUUCUCUGAAACUGAUGUUUUAUAUAUAUUUGAUUGUAAAAAUAUGACUGUAAAAAGAAAGUAAAUGUUAUUAUAUUUAU